AUGCAGAGGGAGUCAGAGGGAGUCAUGCAGAGGGAGUCAGAAGGAGUCAUGCAGAGGGAGUCAGAGGGAGUCAUUCAGAGGGAGUCAUGCAGAGGGAGUCAGAAGGAGUCAUGCAGAGGGAGUCAUGCAGAGGGAGUCAGAGGGAGUCAUUCAGAGGGAGUCAUGCAGAGGGAGUCAUGCAGAGGGAGUCAGAGGGAGUCAUGCAGAGGGAGUCAGAAGGAGUCAUGCAGAGGGAGUCAUGCAGAGGGAGUCAUGCAGAGGGAGUCAGAGGGAGUCAUUCAGAGGGAGUCAUGCAGAGGGAGUCAUGCAGAGGGAGUCAGAGGGAGUCAUGCAGAGGGAGUCAGAAGGAGUCAUGCAGAGGGAGUCAUGCAGAGGGAGUCAGAGGGAGUCAUGCAGAGGGAGUCAGAAGGAGUCAUGCAGAGGGAGUCAUGCAGAGGGAGUCAGAGGGAGUCAUUCAGAGGGAGUCAUGCAGAGGGAGUCAUGCAGAGGGAGUCAGAGGGAGUCAUGCAGAGGGAGUCAGAAGGAGUCAUGCAGAGGGAGUCAUGCAGAGGGAGUCAGAGGGAGUCAUUCAGAGGGAGUCAUGCAGAGGGAGUCAGAGGGAGUCAUGCAGAGGGAGUCAUGCAGAGGGAGUCAUGCAGAGGGAGUCAUGCAGAGGGAGUCAUUCAGAGGGAGUCAUGCAGAGGGAGUCAUGCAGAGGGAGUCAGAAGGAGUCAUGCAGAGGGAGUCAUGCAGAGGGAGUCAGAGGGAGUCAUUCAGAGGGAGUCAUGCAGAGGGAGUCAGAAGGAGUCAUGCAGAGGGAGUCAUGCAGAGGGAGUCAGAGGGAGUCAUGCAGAGGGAGUCAUGCAGAGGGAGUCAGAGGGAGUCAUGCAGAGGGAGUCAGAGGGAGUCAUUCAGAGGGAGUCAUGCAGAGGGAGUCAUGCAGAGGGAGUCAGAGGGAGUCAUGCAGAGGGAGUCAUGCAGAGGGAGUCAGAAGGAGUCAUGCAGAGGGAGUCAUGCAGAGGGAGUCAGAGGGAGUCAUUCAGAGGGAGUCAUGCAGAGGGAGUCAUGCAGAGGGAGUCAGAAGGAGUCAUGCAGAGGGAGUCAGAAGGAGUCAUGCAGAGGGAGUCAUACAGAGGGAGUCAUACAGAGGGAGUCAUGCAGAGGGAGUCAUACAGAGGGAGUCAUACAGAGGGAGUCAUGCAGAGGGAGUCAUGCAGAGGGAGUUAG